AAUUACAAGUUCAAGCAAAUCAAAAUUUAAAUAUUUCAAAUAAUAAUAUUUUAACUUUUGAAAAUAAGCUUGAUUUACUUACAAAAGUUAUUUUUAAAGAACAAAGAAAAUUAAAUUAUUCAAUAGAAUUAGAUCCUGAUAAAUUUUUAAAAUUAAUUACACAAUCUAAUUUUCAACUUAAUAGAUUUUUUGAUAAAAUUUUUAAUGCUUUAAGUCCAAAAAAUAGAAAUCAACAAACUAGAGAAAAUGAUAAAAAAUCAGCUGUUAGAUUUUGUUAUCUUUUUGCUGAAGUUCAAAACAAAUUUGCAAAUGAAUUAAAAAUAGAAAUUGGACUUUAUUUAUUAGCAUCUGGAUGUAUAGAUAUUAGAAGUCUUCUUACUGGAUAUCAUUCAUUAUUUCUAUCUACAUUAAAUCAAUGUGAUUUAUGUAAACAAAUAUUUUUAGAAAGUAAUGAAUCAAAUUCAAUAAUUUUAAUUUGUAGACAUGGAUAUCAUUUGGAUUGUUAUAAAAAAAUAGAUAAUAGGUGUGAAUAUUGUAUACAAUAUUAUAAAAAAAGAGUUUUUGAUAAUGUAAAAUCAUUUAUAGAAACUUUAGAAAAUAACAAAAAAGAAAUUAUAGAAGAUGAUAAUGAAAAUAAUGAAACUAAUGAAAAUAAUAAAAAUGAUGAAAAUGAUGAAUAUUUUUUAUCAGAACAAGAUAGUAUUAAUAUAAAAUAUCAAAAUGCAAUUCUUAAUGUACAAAAUUGGUAA